AUGUUGUCCACCAUAGAUAUUGACGCUUGCGAGUUCACCGGACCGAUGCCCAAGUCAAUGACAAACCUUACACAAUUGGUUUCUUUGUCGAUGUCUUUUAACAAGUUGGAAGGUUCAAUUCCGUCAUUCAGUGGGGCCAAUAAUGUGGGCGACAUAGACCUUUCCUACAAUGGUCUAACAGGUACUAUUAAUUCCACUCACUGGAGAAACCUUACUAAGCUAUCCUCUCUCAUUUUGAGCUCUAAUAAGCUCAAUGGGAAUAUCCCAGCAUCUCUGUUUUCCCUAAACCUAAGCCCAACGGGUCUUCUAGAUCUUUCUGGCAAUCAAUUCUCUGGUCCAUUCCCUGAAACUUCAAAUGUGUCUUCCUACUUGCCGAAUGGUCUUAAUCUUAGAGUUGAUUUCAGUAGCAAUAAUCUAGAAGGGCCGAUACCUAUGUCUAUCUUUAGCUUGCGAGGUCUUAAAACUCUAGAUCUUUCUUCAAAUAAUUUAAGUGGCUCGUUUCCUCUUGAUGGUCUACACCAGCUGAGAAAUCUUUCUGAACUUGAUCUUUCACACAAUAACUUGUUUCUUACCCAUGAUUAUACCAAUUUCUCAUAUUCCUCAUUUUCUCAACUAUCUAAGCUGAGCUUGGCGUCAUUGAAAUUGAGAACAUUUCCUAAUUUCUUGAGGAAUCGAUCUAACUUGAUAGGAUUGGACCUUUCAGAUAACCAGAUAAAUGGCAAGAUACCCAACUGGAUUUGGAGUUUAAGUAAUCUUGAGUCCCUGAACCUUUCUUGCAAUUCCCUAGAUUCUCUAAAUGUUCAUUCAAUCAAUAUCACUAAUCUAGAUAACCUUGACCUUCAUUCCAAUCAGUUUCAUGGGCAAAUCCCAAAUUUUCAGCCACCUUGCUAUCUCUAUUAUCUAGAUUUCUCAAAGAAUUAUUUCAGCUCUAUCAUACCGAGUACCAUUGGAGAUGUGCUUCUUAGUAUUGGAAUCUUUUCGCUUUCUAGCAAUAACCUCAAUGGGAUCAUUCCAGAAUCAUUAUGCAAUUCACCGUAUCUUACCAUUCUUGAUCUGUCCAAUAAUUCAUUGAGUGGCACGAUUCCCCAGUGCUUGACUACAAUGAGCUCGCUUGCAGUACUCAAUUUGAGGAGAAACAAUCUUACAAAUGUUGAUGAAUUCUCUCAUAAUUGCAGUUUAAAGAAACUAGACAUCAGUGGAAAUCAUAUUCAAGGCCAGUUUCUAAAAUCUCUUGUGAACUGCACCCAGUUAGAGAUUUUAAACCUUGGAAACAAUCUGAUAACAGAACCAUUUCCAUGCUUUUUGAGGAACAUAUCCACGUUGAGUGUUCUUGUCUUGCGGUCCAAUAAAUUUUUUGGGCACAUUGGUUGUCGCAAGACUAAUGGCACUUGGCCAGUACUUCGAAUGAUAGACCUAGCUCACAACAAUUUUAGUGGAGAAAUACCUGGAAGAGAUUUGACAACUUGGCAGGCCAUGAGGACUAGUAAAGGUGAUGCCCCAUUGAAUAUCAGUAACCUUCAAUGGUUGUAUGCUGGAGCUUCUUUUCAAGAAGAUACAAUCAUGGUUACCAACAAAGGUUCUGAGAUGGAGCUGGUGAAUGUUUUAACACUCUUCACCUCGAUUGAUUUCUCAUGCAACAAGUUCAACGGAUCAAUACCGGAGGAAAUUGGAGAACUCAAAUCAUUAUAUGCCCUCAACUUGUCCAACAAUGCUUUCACAGGUGCACUUCCAUCAUCAUUAGGUAACUUGAGUGAGCUAGAGUCUUUGGACCUCUCGAAAAAUAAACUGAGCGGUCAAAUCCCACUGGAGCUUACAAAACUCACUUUCCUUGCAUUCUUGAAUCUCUCAUAUAAUCAAUUGGUCGGGAGGAUACCAAGCGGUGCUCAAUUUUCAACAUUUGAUGCAGCUUCCUUCGAAGGUAACAAAGGAUUAUGGGGGCCUCCUUUAACAGCAGAUAAUAACACAGGCUUCUCACCACCAAAGCAGGAAGGCAACCAUUCAAAUUUGGGACAUGAAAUUGAUUGGGAUAUUAUCUGUCCUGAAAUUGGAUUUACAUGUGGGUUUGGGAUUGCCAUCGGGUCACUUUUGUUCUGCAAGAGAUGGAGGAAAUGGUAUUACAGAGCUAUGUAUAACAUGCUUCUAAAGAUAUUCCCUCAGCUGGAACGAAGAUUUGGUCAUCAUAGGAGACAUGUUUAUGUACAUCAGAGAUACUGGAGACGUUGA